AUGGCUAUCGAGACGACAGACCAAGACAGGACCCCUGGGACCGAGCUCCUCAUUGACGUGAACAAGUCACUUGACAUGUCUCAUGUCAACGGCGGAAGCUCAGAUCUUGUCCUUAUUCCACAGCCGACAGAGUGUGGUGGAGAUACCCUCAGAUGGCCAAAACGGAAGAAGUACUACCAGUUGUUUCUGGUAGCACUCUAUGCUUGUGCCUUCUCCUUUGGUGAGAACACACUCGGAGCGGCAUGGACAACCGUCAGCGAGGAUACCGGCGUCACUUUGACCAACAUGAACGGCGGUAGUGCCUUGAACUACCUCCUGCUGGGGUUCGUGAACAUCUGGUGGAUCCCACUUGCCAACAAGAUCGGUCGCCGGUUCAUAUUCCUCACUACCACACUCAUCUGCAUGGGCGCCGGUGCAUGGCUUGGGAGCUUCAAUGGGACUGCCCAGUGGAUGCUCGCUAUGGUUCUCAAUGGGAUCGGCACAUCGGCCUAUCAGGCAGUCAUACAACUUGCGAUCUUCGACAUGUUCUACGUCCAUGACCGAGGUCGAAUGUUGUCGGUUUACUUGUUCGGGCAGCAGCUCGGUUCCAUCCUAGGAUUGAUCUCAGGCGGCAGCAUCGCCGAUACGGUCGGCUGGAGGUGGUCUCAAUACAUAGUAACCAUCAUUGAUGCCACCGUAUUCAUUCUUCUCUUCUUUUCCUUCGAGGAGACCCUGUUCCCUCGGUUCCUAUUCAACGCCCAACCCACUCCCGCCAUUGGAGCCAUCAACAGGGUAUCCGAGGAGGCCGGUGACGUUAAAGGCGACGACAAAAAGGAUCUCCGAACGGUGACAAACACGAGCCACAACCCGGGCUUCAUCGAUGACUACCCCAAGCGGACAUACCUCCAAAAGCUCAAGCCCUGGGUGCACUACCCGCAGAACCGUACUACGUACUGGCAGUACUUUCGCCGUCCGCUCUUCCUUUGGGGCUUCCCGAAUGUUGUGAUCGCUGGCUUCAUCUUCGCCUUCGGCUGCACGGCAGGCAUCGUCUCCUUCAACACCAUCUCAGAGAUCCUGACCGAACCGCCCUACAACUUCAGCACCACAGCGACCGGUCUCGUCUUCUUCGCAGCCCUGAUCGGAAACUGUGUAGGAUGGGCUACGGGCUUGAUGAGUGACCACCUCGUCAUCUUUCUGGCUCGCAGAAAUGGCGGCGUCAGGGAGCCCGAGAUGCGGCUGUACAUGUUGAUCCCCUGUGCUGUUUAUGCUGCUCUGGGCUAUAUGCUUUACGGGUGGGGAGCCCAGACGGGCAUCCAUUGGAUUGGUCUUGCGAUCGGAAUCGGUGCUAUGAUAUCGCAUCAGGUCGGCGCGUGCGCGAUUGCUACUGCUUACGCGAUGGAAUGCUUCCCGGGCGUAAGUUCAAACUUUACACCAGCCCCCAAGCUCGACUUUAACUCGCGCAUGGCGAAAGCCAUAGUCCAUAGGCUAACAGAGAAACCGCAGAUUUCCGGCGAACUGGUCGUCGUCCUCGCCAUGUGUUCGUCUAUGGUCAACUUCGCCAUCUCCUACUCCGUGCAGCCAUUCAUCGAUGCUGCAGGAUACGGCUGGCCAUUCUUCUUCUACGGCAUGUGCGUGCUUGCCUCCAUGGCUGCAGCGGUGCCUCUGAUUUUCUAUGGUAAGAAGUGGCGGAAAGCCAAGGCGGCGCGCUACUACAGCUUCUUGGAGGAAGUUGACGGUUCGACGGAUUGA